AACGGCGUGCUGAGACAAGCGAAGCCAAAUGUUUUUCUUGCCUGAGCUCGCGCCCCAAGCGACAAGCAACGAGGUAUUCAAGGAAGGCAGCGAGGAGGCACAGGUAGCAGCGUUGGAGAAGGAUCUGGAGGCCAAGAACGUGGCGAUUCGCGAUUGGCAGAAGAACAGCACUAUUAUCGGCAAGGCUGACGCGCCAGCGGACGUGCGCGAGGGCUUGGACGAGGAAGAACUGAACGAGGGCUCCAUCGACGAUGGUGAGGACGAGGAUGGUGAGGAGGAGCUGUAGCUUCCCAGCACAACAUAGGAGCGUGGAGCCGCUGGCUCAGCGGCAGCGGGUCUAGGCUGUCAGCCGCCUUCGGCUGGUGGCAUGGCGACCCAGGUGGAACGCAUCAAGUGGGUGAAGGGCACCAAUUUCAUUGUGGAUGGCUUCGCCUUCACCUCCCCCAAGUGCAAGCACUACUUCCUGACGCACGCACACUCCGACCACACUAUCGGGCUGCGCAAGAGCUUCAGCGCGGGCGUCAUCUACUGCUCCCAUGUUACCGCCCGGCUGCUCAUCCACGACAUGGGCAUACGGCCCGAGGUGGUGCGGCCGCUGGAGGUGGGUGUGCCGGUGGUCAUCUCGGGUGUGCGCGUCACGCCGCUAGACGCCAACCACUGCCCCGGCUCUGUAAUGUUCCUGUUCGAGGUGCCGGUGCCUACAGCCGGCCGGCAGCAGGCGGCUGCUGGGGCAGAUGCGGCUGGAAUUUGCGGCGGCGGCGGUGGCGCAGCAGCAGCAGCGGAGGCGGCGGCGAUUGGAGUGAAGGCGGAGGCUGUGAAUGGGGUGGAGGCGGGCGCGCUGGUGGCGGAUGAGGCCGGCAUGGGCACCGCGGCUGGCAUGCAACAUGUUGCGGGGCAGCAGGCGGCAGACGAGCACAUAAAGAGGGAGGUGGAGGAAGAGGAGAACUGCAGCUGCCAGGGCGGCGGCAAUGAGGAUGAAGAGACUGGUGAGCUGUCGCGCGGCGCGGAGCUAGAGGCCGGGUGUCAGCAGCUCGCGGCUCUCGCAGCAGCAGCCGCAGCGGGUGGGACACAGCACCGCUCCAAGGCAGCAGGAGCGACAUCAGAGGCGCGUCAAGAGGAGCUCACGCAAACGGGCGAUGGUGACAGCGCGCCGGCUGUAGAGGGCGCCGGCAGCCCCAGCGCAAGGGUUCCGGGCACCGCUGGCGCCAGCGGCAGUGCUAGCAUGGGUGGCUGUUCUGGUGGCAUGGCGACACACAACAUCCUCCACACCGGAGACAUGAGGUGGCAGCGCUGGAUGCGCGACCAGCCCGGCCUGGCGGGUGUGCGGGUGGACACGCUGUACCUGGACACCACCUACGCCCUGCCGCGGCACCGGCUGCCACCGCAGACGGAGGCCAUCGCCAUGAUGGUGCAGGCUAUGCGCGAGGCGGUGGCUGAGGAGCCGGCCACGCUGUUUGUGGUGGCAGCCUACCACAUCGGCAAGGAGCGCGCCUUCCUGGGCGCCGCGCAGCAGCUGGGAGCCAAGGUCUGGGCCGCGCCCGACAAGCGCAAGGUGCUGGCGCUGCUGGACCUGGCGCCGGAGCAGGCGGCGCUGCUGGAGGAGCGGCCGGAGGCGGCGGACAUACACGUGGGCGGCUGGGGGCUGAAACACGAGGAGCUGCAGGCGUACUUGGCUAGCCACAAGGGCUCGCGGUGGAAGCGGGUGGUGGGCAUCCGGCCGACAGGCUGGACGUUCCGGCGGAAGGGCGGCGUGUCGGUGUGGCGCGAGGGCGAAGUGUCCAUCCUGGGAGUGCCCUACAGCGAGCACAGCAGCUGGACCGAUCUGUGUGACGCGGUAUCUCAGCUGCGGCCGCAGCGGGUGGUGCCCACCGUCAACGCCGCCACGCCAGCGCACCGGCGCUCGCUGGUGGACCGCUUCGCGCACCUGAUGGACCUCAGCACGGACCGCAGCAGGCUGGAUGUGUACCUGUCGCGCGCAGCCGAGGCCGCGCGGGUCAAGAUUGAAGCCGGCGACACGCUUGCUUCUGACGCGGCUGCUGCGGCUAGCCACGCAGGCAGUGCCACUGCUGCUGCCGCCGCCGCCGUGUGCCGAGUGGACCUGGCGGCGGUGGACGUGGGCGAGCAGGAGCGAAUCCUGGCGCAGGUGCAGGAGCAGCACAGGCGGCGGCAGGAGAUGCAGCAGCGGCGGACGCAGCUGCAGCAGGCGCAGCAGCAGCGGCGGCAGGCCGUGCAACAGGCGGGGAAGGGCAAGGGGCGCAAGCGAGACCGGGCCGAGGAUGGCAGGCCAGCGGAAGAGGCCGAAGGGGGCGCCCUGAGCGGCCGCUGCAGUGGCGAUGACGAGGAGGCUGCGGCUGGGACAGCCAAUGGACGGCAGCUGUUGCAGCGGCGACGUCAGUCCAGCGGUGUGCUGCCGCGAGGGAGCCAUGGCGGGGGUACGCCCGUGCCGGCUGCUGCGGCCGCAGCAUUGCGUACGCCAGCACCCGCAGUACGGCGGAGCAGCUGCGGCCCGGCUGCCACCGGCACUUGCAUGGUGGACCUCACGAUAGACGACGAAACGGAUGAGGAUGAGCAGAAACAGCAGGUGCAGGAGCCCAGCCCGAGCAGGAAUGAGCAGAGCGGCACGGCGAGCAAGGUGGCGCACACGGCCAUUGAGGAUGGGGGCGCGCAGGCCGCAGGGGCCGAGCACGGCAGCAUACGCCGCUUCCUGGAGAAGCGGGCUGGUAGGAAGGAGUAGCAAGGAACGGGAGGACUGGAGGAGCUUGUGCAAGAACCUGUGCACGAUCUGAGCCUUGCGGGGCUCCUCCUGCAAGCGGACUGUGAUGCAAGCGCAGCUGUGAGGUACAUAGUCCUGGCGCGACUGGCUAGGCCAUAAAAUACGGUUCCUGUGGUCAAAAUGGACUUGGUAGGCGAGGUUGAGGGAAUCAAGGCUUUGGGCGGAACCAGCGAUUGGACCCGCCAGCACGGCAAAACACACACGGCGCGGAAGCCCCCGGCCGCACCAGUUGACCAGGCCGUUCGCUCACACGAACAACCUUAUACAAAUUGCCAAUGCAGCUACUCUACUGCGUUGCAGUACACAGUGAUUUUGCUUGCAACAGCCCGAGACACA